UUGCAAUCCGCCAGAACACAAUGGCCGACCUUAAACACCAAUUAGAGGAUCCAGAUACCCCCUUUGAUGCUAAGAAACAGAAAGCUGGAGCUUCUGGCGAUCAGCACAUCUUAGACUACAUCAACACAGAUACUCCCAUCGAGCCGCCUGUGGUGUACGGCAAAAGCUGGCUUUCUGCCCAGACCGCAGCUUUGCAAAGCGCAAAGACGAAAAAUGAGACCUUAAGAGAGGCCUACUAUCCUUCUGAACCAAUGAAGUUCAUGGAUAGCGAAGGCGAGUUGCACGAAUUGGUAAAAUCCCUCUCCGCAAUCAGUACGCUAGAGGACGACACCUCUGAGGUGUUCCGCUAUUUUACUAGCAAGACUGCCAAGAUUUUGCUUGAUCUCUUGACAAAUCACCCCAACAUAGAUAUUAAAAUCCAAGUGCUAAGAAUCUUCAACGAUCUCCUUGAAGACGGUGAAGCCCCAGCUGUUCACACCACUGAUUUGGCCAAUGCAUUGAUGGGCUUGGCCUUCCACACCGUUUUGGGAGAGCUCUUGAUUUAUUCCCAGACAAUAGCAGACACUGCAGAGUUUGUUAUUUUAAUCCUAGGGAUUUUGAUCAACUUAGUAAACAACUUUCCGGGAUCUGCAUCCAAAAAUCUCUUUGAAACAGCAACUAUCCAACGUUUUGUCAUAUCCCGCCUCUCUGAUGAGUUCACCGCUUCUUUGGAAAUUAACCAGUUGGUUAUUAAGCAAUACAGCACUGAGUAUUUGUUUAACAUAUCCCAGGAUAACGUAGAUGAUGUCCAGGUCCGGUUGUUGUCGGACAACACCCUCCUCGACGCCAUCUUGGUGGGUCUUUCUGCUCUUACCAAACCUUCCAUCAUGCGAGUUUAUGCCGAUACUGACGAAAUGCAGGAAUUGGUUGAAAAUUUGAUAGACAUGUUGUGCUUGUUGGUGCAAUUUCCCGUCUGCAAGACUGAGUUUAUCGAUUUGCAAGGGCUAGAACUAUUCUUCCGAAUUCUUGAUGUCACGCUGGGAUGUAACGGUUAUUUCAAUGCGACCUGGGGCUUUGACACAUUCACCAAGUGUUUAAGUGGCUUAUUCCUAGGCCAGCACACCGACUCGAUAUCUCUGUUCGAAAAGUUCAUCCAAUUGAACGGCUUGAAGCAUCUUUACGGCAACUUCGAUACUCCUUACUUGUCUCUUUUCAAGGGAUCCAAAAAGGCUGCAUUGAAGAAGAAUUACGACCGAAUCCUCACCAUUACAAUCGCCUUGCUCAAAAAUACGUCGAUCGAGUCUGUAGAACGGAUGCGUCUCAUUAACAAGUUGCUUGAAGACGACUACUUCAAAGUGAAGAUUAUGGUGAGCAACGCCAUCAAGCUCGAAAGUAGAUUGUCAAAGUAUGGUGUUGAGGAAGAGGUACCGACUGACGGGUUGAAAGAGUCCUAUUUUGCGAAACUCUCUGAUGGUUUAGCAUAUCUCCAAAAGACGUACGUCAUUCUAGCCUGGUUAUCCCUUGAAGACCUAUCGAUCUCCACCGCGAUUAACGAGAUUUUUUCCAAAGCAACAAAAGGAAAAGUCAGCGAUGCGAGCCUGAAGCUUUUGCCAGUACUUCAAGAGUACAGACUGGAGCUCCUUUACCCCGAAAGUGAGGGAAAUAUUCAUUUCCGGGAGGAGAAGGAAGACUACCUUGACAUGGUUAAUACGUUGAUAGAUUUGAUAAGUCCAUAAAUAAACAUGAAUAAAAAAAUACACCGGUGCUGGA